GCCUCGAGUGCCAGCCCGACUCCCGACGGCAAUGCUUCUCCUGCGUAAAUCCGUUCCCCUCCGCCUACUUUCACGCCGUGCUCUCAAUCCUUUCUUCCUGCCGCCGCCAUCUCGCCCCCGCCGCCUCUCGCUCCUCCCACGCGCCGCCAUGGGCUCUGUAGCUGGCGACGCCGCCCGCCUAGCGUACCCGCCGGCCCGCCGCGACGAUUCCGUCGUCGACGAGUACCACGGGGUUAAGAUUCCCGAUCCCUAUCGCUGGCUGGAGGACCCGGACUCCGAGGAGACGAAGGAGUUCGUGGCAAAGCAGGCAGAGCUGGCUGAGACGGUGCUUGCCGGGUGCCCCGACAGGGAGAACCUGCGCCGCGAGGUCACGCGGCUGUUCGACCACCCGCGCCACGCCGCGCCGUUCCGCCGCGGGAACAAGUACUUCCACUUCCACAACUCCGGCCUCCAGGCUCAGAGCGUACUCUACAUGCAGGAUGAUUUGGAUGGAAAGGCAGAGGUUCUUUUGGAUCCAAAUACUCUAAGCAAUGAUGGGACGGUUGCUCUUUCAACAUAUUCGAUUAGUGAGGAUGGAAACUACAUUGCUUACGGAUUAAGUGAAAGUGGUAGUGAUUGGGUCUCUAUUCAUGUGAUGAGUGUUUCUAACAAGCAGUCUAUGCCUGACAAGUUGUCCUGGGUGAAGUUCUCUUCUAUCAGCUGGACUCAUGAUGGGAAAGGGUUUUUCUAUGGUCGGUAUCCAGCACCUAGAGAAGGAGGGGAACUGGAUGCUGGAACUGAGACAAACAUCAACCUUAAUCAUCAGAUAUAUUACCAUGUUUUGGGAUCCAAUCAGUCAGAGGAUAUAUUGUGCUGGAAAGAUCCUGAACACCCUAAGUAUAGCUUUGGUGCCUCAGUCACUGAAGAUGGAAAGUUCAUCAUAUUGGGCACCUAUGACGGUUGCGACCCUGUCAAUAAGUUAUAUUAUUGCAAAAUUUCUUCUCUUCCUCGAGGAAUUGAGGGCUUCAGAGAGAGUCAGGAAAUGCUUCCGUUUGUCAAGCUUAUUGACAACUUUGAUGCUCAAUAUCAAGUUGUGGCCAACGAUGGUGAUGAAUUUACAUUUUUGACCAAUAAAAAUGCCCCUAAGAACAAGCUGGUCAGGGUAAAUAUCAACAACCCAGAAUUGUGGACCGAUGUUCUUCCUGAGCAUGAAAAAGAUGUGCUUGAGUCAGCCGAUGCUGUUAACAAUAACCAACUGUUGGUGUGCUAUAUGUCAGAUGUUAAGCAUAUUCUGCAGAUAAGAGAUCUUAGUACUGGAAAUUUAAUUCAUCAGUUGCCUCUAGAGAUUGGUUCUGUCUCAGAGAUCUCCUGCAGAAGGGAAGAUAAGGAAGUAUUUAUUGGCUUCACAAGCUUUCUUUCUCCAGGUAUCAUUUACAGGUGUAACUUAGCACCUACAAUCCCUGAAAUGAAGAUGUUUCGGGAAAUUUCAGUUCCUGGAUUUGAUCGCACAAGUUUUCAGGUUAAGCAGGUUUUUGUCUCUAGUAAGGAUGGGACCAAAAUUCCCAUGUUCAUAAUGUCUAAGAAAGAUGUCAAUCUUGAUGGAUCAUACCCAACUUUGCUAUAUGGCUAUGGAGGAUUCAACAUAAGCAUAACUCCUUCAUUCAGUGUCAGUCGUGUUGUGCUAUGCAAGAACAUGGGUUUUGUUGUCUGUGUAGCAAACAUUCGGGGCGGCGGAGAAUAUGGGGAGGAGUGGCACAAAGCUGGAGCACUUGCAAUGAAACAAAAUUGUUUUGAUGACUUUGCUGCUUGUGCUGAAUUCCUCAUUUCUAGUGGUUACACCAGUUCCAGACGACUAUGUAUUGAAGGCGGAAGCAAUGGUGGUCUUCUGGUUGCUGCUUCCAUUAAUCAACGGCCUGAUCUCUUUGGGUGUGCUCUUGCUCAUGUUGGUGUCAUGGACAUGCUCCGUUUCCACAAGUUCACAAUUGGUCAUGCAUGGACUACAGACUAUGGUUGUUCAGAUAAGGAAGAAGAGUUCCAAUGGCUCAUUAAAUAUUCUCCCCUUCAUAAUGUGCGGAGACCUUGGGAACAAAGCUCUGGUGACCAUUGCGAGUAUCCAGCAACCAUGUUGUUGACAGCGGAUCAUGAUGAUCGUGUUGUGCCAUUGCAUUCACUGAAGUUAUUAGCAACGUUGCAGCAUGUCCUGUGUACCGACGCAGAGGACUCCCCACAGACAAAUCCAAUAAUUGGUCGCAUUGACCGCAAGUCAGGGCAUGGAGCUGGCAGGCCAACUCAAAAACUGAUUGACGAAGCUGCAGAUAGAUAUAGCUUUAUGGCGAAGAUGCUAGGCGCUCAGUGGACCGAAUAAUUUUUUUAUUGAGCUUAAUUAAUGUGGAGAUGGUGAGCAAAAAUCACCCCAUGCACUAGACAAUCCCCUCGAGCAAAGUGGCAGGAAAUGUUACAUUGUUUAUGUUUUGCUGUUGGCUUGGAUGAUCAUCUGCCCAAUAGUUGCAGAGUUUGGUUGGGCGAAUUUGGCCCAUAAUCGGUUCAUAGCGCGAUUUGUUACCUACUCUAUUAGUGUGCCAUUUUUUAAUAUAUCUUUUAGCAGUUGAUGGUAGUGUUA